AGAGUUAAAAGUUGUUGAAAGCUUAGAACUUGGAAUGAGGCGGUAAUAUGUAUUUGAAACUUGUCGUUUAUGUAAUCACUAUAUUUAAUGUAAUAUGUAUUUGGAAGUUUGUAUGUUUAUUAUGGAUUUCGAACUUGGCGUUUAUGUCUAUUCUCUGUUUUGAACAUGAAAUUUGUAUGUGUAAUUUGUAAUUGUACGUGUUUGUCAACAGGCUGUAAAAAAUCAAGAGUUAAAGACUGCUGAUUCGUGUGUCAAUUUACCUCGUGCAAAAGUUACUCAAUCAUCAGCUAGUGAUCUUAGUAUGGGUACACAAGAGUUUUUGGAAAGUUGCAUGAAGAACCUUCCAUUAGACACAUUUGUGAAAGGUUUGAAUCCUUCUCAAGCUAAAGUCGAAGAUUCAUUGGAUUGGUUGGAACUUCCAAAAUCAUUGAAGAAGCCAACAGAUUCAUUGGAACUUCAAAAAUCAUUGAAGAAGCCAGCGGUCCGAUUAGAUGACCGAGAUAUAGAGCUAGACGGCGAAAAUUUCCCUGAUCGCUGCUUGGUGUUUGUGCAUCCUACAGAUUUUAAGAAGAUGCAGGACUGGCAAGAUACACGAACAGCUAUACAGAUUGGUCCUUCUAUGUUAGACGGUGAUCUAGCCGGACGUAUUAUGUCUGCCAGCAGUUGGCUUAAAAACUACGAAAUUGAUGCUAUAAUGUAUGUUUUCCGGGAAAGAACAACAUUGAAACGAUGGAACGUAGACCGUGUUGCUUUCAUGAUAUGCGUCUUCAGCGACUUCAUUUCUAAGGAUUACCAGAAUUUCUGUAAGGGUAUUAAGAAAUACACUAUGGAUCCAUUACUACUGCAAUACGGUAAAGGUGAACUGCCUUCCCAUGGAAAAACACAGAUGUUGUGGAAUGUCGAUGUGGAUCGGAUGUACGUUCCUGUCUGGGUCAAUUGCAACCAUUGGAUUGCUUUAUGCAUCAGUUUUGUGACUAGGAAUAUCCAGGUGUUUGACUGCGGGGGUAAAAAAAAAAUCAAGGAAGUGGAAGCUUUCGCGCAGCUUAUUCCUCGGAUUGUCAAGGCCGUGCAGUCAUUGACAAUACAGAAGCAUUUCCACAUCACUCCGUACAAUGUUUCCUAUGUACCUAUGAGUGGUCUUAACCGACUUCAAUGUCAUUGUGGUGUGUACACUAUAAAACACAUCGAAUGCCACGUGCUUGGGUUGGACAUAUCUAUGGUGAAUGAUGAGAACAUCUGGGGAGCUCGGAUAAAGAUUAUGUGGGAUCUAUGGGAAGCAGCUAAUGAUCUAGAACUGAUUGAGAGAAUGUCAAAGUAUGAACCUAUUAAGUGUAGUAAGCCUGCCGAGUAUGUUGAGAUUGAUGAUUUAUGAUUUAUUGUUGGUUAUGCUUUUUUAAACUUAUUUUGUAAUGAUUUUAGGAGUUUGUGUUA